UGUGUGUGACAGAGCUGUAUCAAUGAAAGUGUGUAUGAAUGAGCUUGAGUGUGUGUGUGUGUGUGUGUGUGUAUGUAUGUGUGUGUGUGUGUGUGUGUGUGUGUGUGUGGAGGAGUGGCUCUCUCUGUCAUAAACCGCUGCUCUUCAGAGUGUGUGACAUUCAGCAGGAGAUGCGAGCAGGUUCAGGCAGUGACAUCAGAGUCCCAUCCACAGUCAUGUGGUAAUACAGUGGUGCACACACACACGCACACACACACCUGCGGCCCCUCAGACUCGCCAUGGCCCACCCGUACGACCCCUGGCUGCGUGCCGGCCCUCCGCAGGAUGAGGUGAGCGUGUCGGGCUGGUGGGAUGUUCACACUGGAGCGCCGGCAGGAUGGAUGGACUUGCAGGGGGCGGGGCUGGGGGCGGGGCCGGGGCAGAGCGGCUCUAUGAGCUCCUAUACGGCCGAGCCUCAGAUGUGCUGCCUAUCCCCGCCUGGCUCCGGCAUGCACUUCCCACCCGAGGGUUUCAAGAUGGAGCCUCUGCCGCAGGACCUGCUGCCGCUCCCGCAGGCCUCAGCCUCAUUCUCCUCGGAGGAGCAGCAGGACGCCGUGGCCGCUGCGGGCCGACCUAAACCACAGCGGCGGGCCAGCAGUCGAGCCCCCGGUCAGGCUUCCUGCCGCUGCCCGAACUGCCUGAGCGCAGAGUCUCUGGGGAACUCCGGGGACGCCAGCAAACGCAAACACCUGCACAACUGCCACAUCCCCGGCUGCGGGAAAGCCUACGUCAAGACGUCACACCUGAAGGCACACCUGCGCUGGCACAGCGGCGACAGGCCCUUCGUCUGCAACUGGCUGUUCUGUGGCAAACGCUUCACUCGCUCGGAUGAGCUGCAGCGCCACCUGCAGACACACACCGGCGCUAAACGCUUCGGCUGCAGCUCGUGCCCGCGGGUGUUCCUGCGCGCCGAUCACCUGGCCAAACACAUGCGCGUGCACGAGUCCCCGAGCCAAUCCACUGAAGAGACUCACGCCGCCGCCGCGGGAACCAGCACAGGAACCAGCAGCGCACUGCUGCGAGUGAAGACAGAGACCGACAACGGAGACGACGACGCCACGCUAGCUAACAGCUAAUCACUCAGCAGAUGAACAAGACUCAGAGGCUGAGCGUCUGGAAGCGCAUGACAAUACAACACAUCACACACCCUUCACAUCUGUAGUGUUAUUUAUACCUGUACAUGUCCAUAUUCUCUGAUUAACUUAACAUGUUCUGUUCCCUCAAUGUAAACUGCAGACUUGUAUAACGUUUGAGUAAAUAUAAACCAUUUGUUGUUCAUUUGUCUA